AUGGAUAACUUGCGCCCCAAGUUACUGAUUUCUAAACAAGUGAUUGUGAAUUUGGGUGAGGAAUAUCUCACAAACAGAACUGCCUUUUACAAAGCUAUAAAGGAAGAAAUCAACUCUAAAAAAACAAAAAAGAAAGUUGGAACUCCAUUUCUGUCUGGGUAUAAGCUUCUGAUCCGGGCUGGACUGGGUAUGUUUCUGCUGGACUGGACUAACUGCGGCCUCUUCAAUCUGCAAGGGGUAGAAGUGGCUGAACUUGAAGACUUGCUGAGCUGGAACUGCACUGUGGUACCUGUUCUGUUUGAUCAGGGCUCUUCACAAAUUUGUUGA